AUGGAACCAACUACAAAUUUAGAAGCAUUAAGCUCGGCAAAUCAUGAGUUUUCGUUUUCUUUGUAUAAGGAAAUAGCCAAAACUGAAACAGGAAAUAUUAUCUAUUCACCAUUCAGUAUCCACGUGAUUAUGUUCGUGGCUAGCACUGGAGCAGAUUUGAAAACAUUUGAUGAAAUAGUAGCCACUAUGCAUCUAAACAAAACUACUCAUUCGAUGGAAGCAUAUAGAAAAUUAUUGGAAGACUUAACCAGUAAAGAUGAUAAUCUGAAACUAGCAACCGGAAUGUUUGUCGAUAUAGCUUUCAAUGUUAAAGAUAGUUUUGUUGAAAACUCUAUGAAUUACCUAAAAUCUUCCAUGGAAAAAUUGAGUUUAAAAAAAAACCCAGAACAACAACUCCAAUAUUUAAAUAAUUGGGUUUUAAACAAAACCAAUAACAAAAUUAAAGAUUUAUUUCCCAAAGGCUCCAUUAAUGAAGAUACUGCCUUAGUAUUGGUGAAUGCUUUGCAUUUUAAAAGUGAUUGGGCCCAUAAAUUUGAUUAUGUCAAAGAUGGAUCUUUUUAUGCUACUCCAAGUAACAUGAUAACAGUGAAAAUGAUGUACCUAAAAGAAGAUUUGCAAUAUUAUCAUGAUAGUAUCCUAAAAUUUACUGCACUUGAAUUACCCUAUAAAAAUAAUGAUUUUAAAAUGAUAAUUUUAUUGCCUGAAGCUAAAGAUGGCUUGGAAAUUCUGGAAAAUAACUUAUCAAUAAUUAAUUUGCAUGCAAUUUCUAAUAAUAUGACCCAGACAUACGUUUAUGUCAAACUACCUCGUUUCAAAUUAGAACAGUCUGUGCAAUUAGAAAAAACAUUAUCCAAUCUGGGAUGUCCAACAAUGUUUACAUCAGAAGCAAACUUUUCUAACAUUGUUGAAGAUGGUGAACUGUAUGUGAGUAAAGUCUCGCAUAAGGCAUAUAUUGAUGUAGAUGAAAACGGAACUGAAGCGGCAGCAGUCACUGGUUUUGAAUGUUGUGAUGGCUGUGGUUGUGCAAGAAGUUUUACAGAUUUUGUUGUUGAUCAUCCAUUUAUGUUUUUUAUUUUAACUAGAUGUAAUAUUAUUAUAUUUGUAGGCCGCAUGACCAAAAUUGAUUAA